GAGUGACUUUAGGACCCAGGGAGAGGCACCUAGGAGGUGCAUCAAAAAAAAAAAAAAAUUGCAUGACCACGGAACCUGUUAGUUUGCACUUGCUUCCUCUUAGUACAGUUCUUACAACAGUUUCUAGAUGUGAGUGCUGCAGUAGAGAAUUGGUCGCAGCAGCAGCUAAACCCAUGACUUGUGGACUAGAACCUCAGUGACGUGACACGAAAGGUGCCACAUCCCAGGCACAGCACAGCAAGCCAUGGAACAACAGGCAUCGGUACUGAAGGACCUCUUGACCCAACUGGAAAGUCAAGAGAAUGCAGAUCAAGAAGCACCAAACGGCUUUGCAGCAGAGUUUCUAAGACUAAAGAGCCUGUCAAUCAAGUACCGCACUGACAAGACUUUCCCUACAAAGACUUUCCCGACGAAAACUGGGGAAAAGCAAGAAAAUGUCAAGAAAAACCGAUACAAGGACAUUGUUCCCUUUGACCACAGCAGAGUAAAGCUCAGUUUCACCACAGCCAAAAAUGAAGACGACUACAUCAACGCCAAUUUCCUUAAGGGAGUGACAGAUUCAAGGGCCUACAUUGCUACUCAGGGUCCGUUGCCCCACACACUGCUUGACUUCUUCAGGAUGCUUUGGGAAUACAACAUACAGGUUGUUGUGAUGGCCUGUCGCGAGUUUGAGAUGGGGAGGAAAAAGAGUGAACGGUACUGGCCACUGAUGCAAGAUCAGCCCUUUGUUUGUGAACCUUUCACUGUUUACUGUGAUUCUGAAGAAAACAAAGGAGAUUAUGUGACCAGGAUGUUAAGAGUCACAUACCAGAAUAGCAGCCGAAUCUUCAAACAACUGCACUACAUGAACUGGCCAGAUCAUGGAGUACCAGAUGCCAUUCCUCCAAUAUUAGAAAUGCUACAAGAGAUGCGAACAUAUCAGGACCACGAUGACAUCCCAAUCUGCAUCCACUGCAGUGCUGGCUGUGGUAGAACUGGAGCACUGUGUGCCAUCGAUUACACAUGGAACUUACUAAAGAAAGAGAUGAUAACCCCAGAUUUUAAUAUUUAUGAAUUAGUGCAAAACAUGAGAACCCAGAGGCCCUCGUUGGUCCAAACUAAGGAACAGUACGAGCUGGUCGGCAGAACCAUCAAGGUACUGUUCAACAGAUAUUUAACGACUGUGGACUCGGGUGUGAGGCGAGCUGAGGUGAGCAAUUACGAUUGCAACACGUUUGUGAACAAGUCAUACUACACAGAAUCAGUAUCAGAGACAACAGUUGGCACUGAUAUUCACGUUCCAAAUGAGGAUUCAAGUCAGGUGCUGGUUUUACAACCAGAGUCACAGCAGAAGCUGGAUAUAAAGAGGGACAUCCUACCCGAACAUCACCCUCCAUUACACUCAGAAAACAUCACAGAGGUUGAAAGCAGGGAUAAAGAAAUGAGGCAAAAUUGCCCCUCAAUUCAGAUCUUAUUUGAUGAUGAUGCCUACACCCCAGAACUGCAGAAGAAACCUAUGACUCCACCCAAACCAGAACAUCUGAGCCAUGUAACCCUUACUGUAGCGAAGCGUGGACAUGUAAAUGGGAGCAUUGUAUCAAUGACCCCCCCUCCUUUACCAAAAGCCCUUUGUCUGAUGGUGGAGGACCCCUACUUUGAGUCUCCAUUGAGCUCCCCUCCAUCAGAUGAAGUAGAAACUCUGGUGACCUCUACUGUGGACAACCAAGAGUGGAAAGAUGGCGCUGUCAGCAACACAACUUUUAUCAGUGCUGUUACAGGUCCUCCUGAAGGUCUCACUGAUGAAGACGCUGCUCCUCCCCUACCUGAACGCACGCCUGAAUCCUACAUACUGGCCGUGGACCCAGGAAAAAACGAAUGUCCAACAGAGGAACAAAAUACCUGUAAACAUUUAUCAGUCAUUAUUCCACGAAAUGCUGCUGCUGACGUUGUGAGGGAGUUGAGAGGCUGCCCCCCUUCUCCCACUCCCACCCUUCCAGAGAGGACACCAGAAUCGUACAAGUUGCCCACAGACGACGAACUCAAGAACUCUGAUGUCACUAAGAACAGAAUAGGUAGGUCUUCUGAAUGGUCGGGGGACUCCAAUCCUACUGCAUCUGAAAAUGAGACCAAACCAUGGAACAGGAGUAAGAGCCUGAAAGCCAAAAUGAAGUUUAGGGCUCCAACUGUACAUAUUGAUCUUCCAACCAUACCAAACCUCCAUCGUCGUCCACCUGCAGAUCUGCCAUCUCACACUGAAAAGUGCCCAACUCGGCCCCCAUCUGGCCGUACACAUGACAUGCCCACCCUCAAAGCAGACAGCAGGGAGGAGAUUAAUGCCUCUUGUCGGGAGCCGCGCUUUGACGAAAACCCCCAAAACACAUUUGUCAACAUUGUCAGAAGCAGGAGUAAAAGUGCUCGAGAUCUGAGUUCAAGUCAAGAGACCCUCACUGCAUUCAGGCGAGCUGCUUCAUCUUGUGCGGUCAGAGGUGGAACAGGAAGUGUGGAACAGCCUGACGUUAACCACAGACCCUCUGUGAACACAGACGUUCCAGGAAGCAAAGGAGACAGAAGCAGCGAGAAGGUCUUCAUUCGAAAGAAGAGUCUGUUCCAUAAACAGAGGCAAACAUAUAACGUUACAUCGCCACCUGCUGACCAAUCAGGGGCCACCCCUCAUGUGUUCAAGUUUCGAUUUGGAAACCGCUUUGGGAAACCAAAAGGCCCCAGAGAUUACCCACAGACCUGGGUCUGAGGCGUGGUUUCAAAGCAGAUCUCACUUGAAAAAUGUGCCAAUCAGCAUUAUACUUUUUGCACUUCUUAAAUAUUUCAAUAUUUGAAUUAUUAGGGGAAGCACUAAAGAUGGCCCUCUAAGAGUUGCACCUCGCAAAAAAAAAGUGUUCAGCUGACAAUGAACAGGAAGUAUCUCUAUUUUUAGCCUAGUGUCUUGCGUUUUAUCUAUUGAAGCAUGUCUCAUUUAACAACAGACAUAAAUUAAAGCUAAAUAAUAAAUUUAAUUUCUUUCCAUUUCUUUUUACAAAUUUGCAGUAUUUUCCAAACAAAAACCAAAUUUUCAGGGGGGAAAAAACAAAGCAAAAAAAAAAAUUGGUGAGUGAAAUCACAAACAUAAGGGAGAUUACAUUACCAAAUAAAGACGUUCCUUUUUACUGUAUUUUAAGCAGAUUUUCUGGAAAUGGCUUUGUAAUUUGCAUUUAGUUGCAUGUUGUGAAGAACAGAACACAUGUGAAGAGAAAUAAUUUAUGGCACAAUCAAGAGUUGUCAGUAUUUUUAAAAAAUAUUAUUUUUAAAAUCAAACCUGUGAAUAUUACUUGCAUGGUACAGUUAAUUUGAUAACUAAUAAAAUGCCUUUAAAAAUACGAAAGUAUUUAUUAAAAAUAUAAAAAGUCAAAACAUACUGUGUUUUUUCUUUUUUUCUUUUCUUUUUUUUACUAAAAAACAUUUUCACAUCAAACCAAGACAAAUAAAACGGUAACAAUUGUGGAUCUAAACACAGAAGUGCAACAAAUGACACAAAUGUGAGCGUAAUUUAUAUGUUUUCAUUUUUAAUUUGAACAUGAAGUUAAUCAUAUACGCUAUGGCAGCCACACUGGUGACAAAUGAAAAUAAUCACUCAAGCUUCAAGGAAAGCCGAAAUAUUUUUUUGGUAACAAGGUAUGUGGUAAUUCUUUACAGCCAGGUUAGAAAACAAAAAAAAGCCUCACAUGACUGGCACAUUUUUUGUUUGACAAAUAUUAAAUAUUUUAAAAAGAUGAACUACUUUUGUUCUUAUUUGACAGUCCGCUCUUUAUCAAAUGAACCUCAGUGUUACAUGAGGUUAUUGCUGUACAGUACAAGGCACUAGACAGUGAGUGAGUGGUAGAGCAGAGUCAAACAUCCUCGCUCCAAUGAAUCACUGCAGAAGAUUUCAGGACAUUGACCUCCUAUUGGCUGUGACUGUCAGUUUAAAAGAAUAGCUGGUUGGUUACCGUAAAAGCAGGGCUGUAAAAAUGAACGCCUUUAUCGAAAUAAUUUGUGGAAUUUAUCAGAUUAGAAUUGUAACAACACUUUAACCCAUACAGAGAAUGAGGUGCAGCAUUUAUCCAAUAAUCCCACGAUACAGUCAUUGGUCUCAUACAGUCAAUGUUGUUAUUUAAAGCACCUUAAGCUAAAAUACCAAAUGAACUCCAAGCCUGUGUUCGUACCAACCCACCGACAGGGGGCAGUAAGUAACUCUACAACUGACCAGCUGACAGACACAUUUGUUGAAUGGAAAGGACUGGAAUUCCAGAAUAUUUUUCAGUUUUUUUUUCUUCCAUAUUAAUAAUUCCAUAGUUUGAAUUAGUCACAAAUAAUGUGGUGAAACACAUACCUGUCCGUUUUUGAUUUUUUGAUUACUCCUAAGCUAAUCUGACAACCCUACUUAAAAAAGAUUUGAAAGAUAAAAAGGCUGCAAUUUUUUUU